AUGCCCUAUGUCGAAUGCGCGUGGAUCGUAGGCUCUGCCAUCAAACUUCUGAUUCCCGCCAAGUGUGCGGGAGGUGUCAUUGGCCGAGGUGGUGAAAACAUUUCCAAGCUGCAAGAGGAAACGGGACUGCAUGUCAAGCUGUCACAGACUCGCGAGUUUUACCCCGGCACGGCAGAGCGCACUUGUCUCAUCCAAGGCGAACCGACGCGCCUGAUCGUGGGUGUCAACCGUGUGCUUGACAUUAUUGUGGCCAACGAUGAUCAUCAAGAUGGGACCUCGCUGGCCAACCCCGUGACCGUGGCGGUUCCUUACAAUGCCGCCGGCAGUGUUUUGGGCAAGGGUGGAAGCAUCCUCAAGGGUAUCAAGGACGCCACAGGCUGCAAAAUUAUCAUUUCACAAAAGGAUGGUCCCGCUGCUCGGUAUGGCGAGCGGUUAAUCAAAAUCGUGUCACCUACACCCCUGGAAGUCCCUCGCGAAGGCGUCAAGCGAGUCAUGGACGCGCUUCUGGCUCAAGAAGAAAAUCUGCAGUUUCACAAUCUUUCCAUCAGCUACUCCACCAUGGAGCCGCGUUUCGGUGGGCCCCCUCCUGUCCAAAACUAUGGGGUGCCUGCCGCCACUUAUGAACCCGGACGCGGUCUGCCGCGAACGGCUUACGGCGGCGCAGGGCGCUAUGAGCCCCACGCACCCCACGCUGCGCUUCCCGAGACCAACGCCUACUAUGGCGGUGCACCGGCGCCCGCCACGUACGGCAGUGGGGGUUAUCAGCCUGGCGUAGGUCGAGGCGGGGGCCGCGACAACUUUAGCAACGACAACUUUGCGCCGUCUGGCCGCCGUGCCCAUGCCGAUCCCAAUUUUGGUGGCCCGCCCGCUACCAAUGAUCCCUACGGUGGUUAUCGGGAUAUGGAUCGCCGUUACGAUGGCUAUGCACCCCCCUCUUCGUAUUCAUCUUAUGACCCG